AGUCGGGGUCCCUGGCGAGAGCAGGAUAGUCCCCUCUGCCCCGGAGUGGUGGCCGCAGAAGCUCUUUCCCCGCCCAGGCUGUCUUUGCAGCGAGAGUUUCUGCAGAGGAAGGGAUCCUGCAAAAGGCGAGAGCCAUCAAAAUGAGCCAGGAGGAGAAGCAGAGUCUCCUUUCCUUCGCCUCUUACAUAGAGAAGACGCUGAAUCCGAAAUACAUCUUGCCCUAUAUGAAGGGCUGGCUCACUGAUGAGGAUGUGGAGAAAAUUCAGACAGAAGGACAGAAAAGUCCAACUGCUGCUGCCCGUGUUUUUCUUCAAAUCAUUGUGAACCUCACAGAGGAUGGAUGGUUCCGUGGAUUUCUGGAUGCUUUGUCUGAAGCAGGUUACCAUGGCCUUUAUGAGGCAAUUUGCUCCUGGGAUUUCAGCAUGAUUGAAAAGCUGGAGCAGUAUAGACAGUUGCUGAGAAGGAUUGAGCCCUCUUUGCGACAGAUUGAGAUAGAACAACUGUUUCCAUUCUUACCUGACUGUAUCCUGGACCAGGAGUGGGAAGAGAUCAAACAGGUUAGACAAAACAAUGGCAAAGCAGCAAGUGCAUUAAAAUUAGCAGAUUGCCUAUAUCGGUCAGACAAGACAAACUGGCCCAAAACUUUCCAGCUAGCACUGGAGCAGACAAACUAUGCAUAUAUCAGCUGGAAUUUGACAGAUGAUCAAAGUAAUGUGAAAGAUGUUGAAAUGACAGAUGAAGAUGAGGACAGCUGUGCUGUUGAUAUAAAUGUUCAAUAUACUGAAGAUGCAGAGCCUGCCAAUUAUAGCGAGAAUGCCUGCUCUGCUUUGACUUCUCCUGCAGAACCUUCUCAACAACCCACUUAUUUUCCAAAGAAGGCAAGAAGCUAUCAAAAUGAACUUGCCCAGCCUGCUCUCAAUGGGAAAAACACAAUCAUUUGUGCCCCUACUGGAUCUGGAAAGACUUUUGUAUCUCUUAUGAUAUGUGACUAUCACCUCCACAAUAGGCCUGCUGGGGCAAAAGGGAAGGUUGUCUUCCUUGCUACUAAAGUCCCAGUGUAUGAACAGCAGAAGGAAGUUUUCCAGGAGCAUUUUGAAAGGACCAGCUAUUCUGUUGCAGGCAUAUGUGGGGAAACAGCUGCAAAUACCCCUGUAGCCAUGGUCAUUGAGGGAAAUGACAUCACAGUCAUGACACCUCAGAUUCUAGUCAAUUGUCUCAAUGAUGGAACACUGCCUUCCCUUUCGAUGUUCACACUGAUGAUUUUUGAUGAGUGCCACAACACAACUGGGAACCAUCCUUAUAAUGUACUAAUGUCCAAAUACCUGGAUCUUAAAUUUGAGCAUGCUGAAACACCUCUACCUCAGAUUGUAGGUUUGACAGCCUCUCUUGGAGUAGGAAGUGCCAAAAAUCUCGAGGAGACCAUAGAACACAUCUGCACAGUUUGUGCCUCUCUCAGCGCCCAGGUCAUAUCAACCGUCAAAGAGAACACAAAAGACUUGGAGGAAGUUGUCUGGAAGCCCAAAAAAUCAAUUAAGCUUAUUGAGAAACGUCCUCAAAGUUGCUUUGUGGACAUUAUUUCACACAUGAUGUCUGAAACUGAAGACUUGGCAAAGAAAAUUUACCCCAUAGAUACGUUGUCCCACAUUAAGUGCAGAAGUUUUGGAACACAGAAAUAUGAACAGUGGAUUGUUGAUGUACAGAAGAGAUGCUCAGUGUUACAGCUGCCAGAUAAGGAGAAAGAAAGCAGGAUUUGCAGGGCUCUUUUUAUUUAUACAGAGCACCUCAGGAGAUACAAUGACACCCUCAUCAUUAAUGAAGAUGCACGUACACAGGAUGCACUGGCGUACUUGAAGGAAUUUUUUGUGAAUAUCAGGAGUGGAGGGUUUGAUGAAAUAGAAGAGAAGCUGGCUUCAAACUUUGAAGAUAAACUGCCAGAGAUGAAUGCAAUUUCUCAAGAUGAGUACAAUGAAAAUCCCAAACUGGAAGAGUUAACUUUCAUCUUGGAGGAAGAAUAUCGCCUCAAACCCCAAACUCGUUCCAUUCUCUUCGUUAAGACAAGAGCACUGGCAGCAGCCCUAAAGAACUGGAUAGAGGAAAGCCCUCAACUGAAGCACCUAAAGCCAGAUGUCUUGAUGGGACGUGGGAAAAGAAAUCAGAACACAGGUAUGACCCUUCCAAAUCAAAAAGGUGUCCUGAAUUCCUUCAAAAGUAAUGGGGACAGCAAGCUGCUCAUAGCUACAUCGGUGGCUGACGAAGGGAUUGAUAUUGCCCAAUGCAACCUUGUCCUCCUCUAUGAAUACACAGGCAAUGUCAUCAAAAUGAUACAAGUCAGAGGCCGUGGCAGGGCAAAAGACAGCAAGUGCAUCCUUGUGACUAGCAAAAGGGACCGGGCUGAGACAGAGAAAAACAACAUGUUGAAGGAGGAGUUGAUGAACAAAGCUAUUGAGAAGCUGCAGAAGUGGGAUGAAGCUACAUUAGCACAGAAGAUAAAUGACUUGCAAAUGAGACUAAAGCAGAAGCAAGAUUCCAAGAAAAAAGAAUCCCCACAAAAGGCAAAGGCAGGCAGUCGAAAGCUGUUGUGCAGAAAAUGCAAAAAGUUUGCUUGUGACUCGGAGGACAUCAGGGUAAUUGAGGGAGCCCACCACACUGUCAUAAAUGAGAACUUCAGGCAGCUCUAUAUAACAAGGCCUCAUGAGAAGGCAAGAUGCUACAGCAACUUUGAGAAACGAUGCAAGCUAUACUGUAGUGAUGAAAAAUGCCAACAUGAUUGGGGCAUUACUGUGAGAUACAUGACCUUAGAUGACCUACCCAUCAUCAAAGUGGAAAGUUUUAUAGUGCAAGAUGUGGUGUCUGGGACACAGCAUCUUUUCCGAAAGUGGAAAGAUGUUGAUUUUGCAAUGAAAGCAUUUGCCAUUGAAGAAAUGUCCAGAUGAAAUACAGAACUGGCCAGCUGGUGGUAUCUGUGUUUAUUCUUAUGAAAGGAAUCUAGAUAUAAAUAACAUAGGGAAUGAAUUUCAUUGCCAUAGAAUGAUACUUCUGAAGUUGGUUUUAAACUUGUUUUAGUGGUUGAACACUCAGUUUCUGGGAUGACAAUGCAUCAGAAAUGCUCCUGUACAGCCAUUGUACUGUUGCCACAUAGAAUAAAAGAAUCAAAGAAAAA